GCGGGUGCGUCGCGAAACGCAGGCCGCAACAGCGGCGGAGUGACCGGGAGCCGCAGAUUGUGCGGGCCUCUGCCGAAGCCCUGGUGGUCCUACCCACGAUCUCGCCUCAGCCAGGGGCGCGCGCACGCCGUGGCCCUCCGGGGCUGGCUGCUCCGAAAGCAGGCCGCCAGACCCCGACCAGCGCUGCGAUCCGGAGCCCCUGGCCCUGGCGCACACGGAAGUGAUUCUUUUGGGAACCUGACCCCGGGCAGCUUGCGAGAAGCGGGGAGACGCACCUUGACGGAAAGGACUGGGAAGAGGAAUUCUGUGAAUCCCCAGGGAACUGCUAAUCCUACAGGAGAGAGACCAAUUACCUGAAACUGGGGCUGGCCUCUGAACCCCCGUGUUAAUUCUGAACAGACUUUGGAAAAUAGUGAAGAAAAUCCAGUCUGCAGUUUGAAAGGCAUUGGACGGCUGAAUAAAUGCAGUAUCUAAAUAUAAAGGAGGACUGCAAUGCCAUGGCUUUCUGUGCUAAAAUGAGGAGCUCCAAGAAGAUGGAGGUGAAUCUGGAGGCCCCUGAGCCAGGGGUGGAAGUGCUCUUCUAUCUCUCUGACAGGGAGCCCCUCCGACUGGGCAGCGGAGAGUAUACAGCGGAGGACCUGUGCAUCAGGGCUGCACAGAAAUGCAGUAUUUCUCCUUUGUGUCACAACCUCUUUGCUCUCUAUGAUGAUAACACCAAGCUCUGGUAUGCUCCAAAUCGUUCCAUCACUGUUGAUGACAAAACAUGGCUCCGGCUCCACUAUCGCAUGAGGUUCUAUUUCACCAACUGGCAUGGGACCAAUGAUAAUGAGCAGUCAGUAUGGCGACAUUCUCCAAAGAAGCAGAAAAAUGGCUAUGAGAAAAAAAAAGUUCCAGAUGCCACCCCUCUCCUUGAUGCCAGCUCUUUAGAGUAUCUUUUUGCUCAGGGACAGCACGACUUGGUCAAAUGCUUGGCUCCCAUUCGAGACCCCAAGACUGAGCAGGAUGGACAUGAUAUUGAGAAUGAGUGUCUGGGAAUGGCUGUCCUGGCUAUUUCACAUUAUGCCAUGAUGAAGAAGAUGCAGUUGCCAGAACUUCCCAAGGACAUCAGUUACAAGCGAUAUAUUCCAGAAACAUUGAAUAAAUCCAUCAGGCAGAGGAACCUUCUUACCAGGAUGCGGAUAAAUAAUGUUUUCAAGGAUUUCCUAAAGGAAUUUAACAACAAGACCAUCUGUGACAGCAGUGUGUCUACACAUGACCUGAAGGUGAAAUACUUGGCUACCUUGGAAACUUUGACAAAACAUUAUGGUGCUGAAAUAUUUGAGACAUCCAUGUUACUGAUUUCAUCAGAAAAUGAAAUGAAUCGCUUUCAUGCAAAUGACAGUGGAAACAUUAUCUACUAUGAAGUGAUGGUAACUGGAAAUCUUGGAAUCCAGUGGAGGCAGAAACCAAAUGUUGUUCCUGUUGAAAAGGAAAAAAAACUGAAACGGAAAAAACUGGAAAGUAAACAUAAGAAGGAUGAAGAGAAAAACAGAAUCCGGGAAGAGUGGAAUAAUUUCUCUUACUUCCCUGAAAUCACUCACAUUGUAAUAAAAGAAUCUGUGGUCAGCAUUAAUAAGCAGGACAACAAAAAAAUGGAACUGAAACUCUCUUCCCAUGAGGAGGCCUUGUCCUUUGUGUCCCUGGUGGAUGGCUAUUUCCGACUCACAGCAGAUGCCCACCAUUACCUCUGCACCGAUGUGGCUCCUCCAUUGAUCGUCCACAACAUACAGAAUGGCUGUCAUGGCCCAAUUUGCACAGAGUAUGCCAUCAAUAAAUUACGGCAAGAAGGAAGCGAGGAGGGAAUGUAUGUGUUGCGGUGGAGCUGCACUGACUUUGACAACAUCCUCAUGACUGUCACCUGCUUUGAAAAGUCAGAGGUUCUGGGUGGCCAGAAACAGUUCAAGAACUUUCAGAUUGAGGUACAGAAGGGCUGCUAUAGCCUGCACGGCUCAGACAGCAGCUUCCCCAGUCUAAAAGAUCUCAUGGGCCACCUCAAGAAGCAGAUCCUGCGCACGGACAACAUCAGUUUUGUGCUGAAGCGCUGCUGCCAGCCCAAGCCCCGAGAAAUCUCCAAUCUGCUGGUGGCUACUAAGAAAGCCCAGGAAUGGCAGCCUGUCUACCCCAUGAGCCAGCUGAGUUUUGAUCGGAUCCUCAAAAAAGACAUUGUGCAAGGUGAACACCUUGGGAGAGGCACUCGGACACACAUCUAUUCUGGGACCCUUUUGGAUUACAAAGAUGAUGAAGGGACAGCUGAAGAGAAGAGAAUAAAAGUGAUCCUCAAAGUCUUAGACCCUAGCCAUAGGGACAUCUCUUUGGCCUUCUUUGAAGCAGCCAGCAUGAUGAGACAAGUCUCCCACAAACACAUUGUGUACCUCUAUGGUGUCUGUGUACGAGAUGUGGAGAAUAUCAUGGUGGAAGAGUUUGUGGAGGGGGGUCCCCUGGAUCUCUUCAUGCACCGGAAAAGUGAUGUUCUCACCACUCCAUGGAAGUUCAAAGUGGCUAAACAGCUAGCCAGCGCCCUGAGUUACUUAGAGGAUAAGGACCUGGUCCAUGGAAAUGUGUGCACUAAAAACCUCCUCCUUGCCCGGGAGGGCAUUGACAGCGAGUGUGGUCCGUUCAUCAAGCUCAGUGACCCUGGCAUCCCCAUCACUGUGCUGUCCAGGCAAGAGUGCAUAGAACGAAUCCCAUGGAUUGCUCCAGAGUUUGUUGAAGACUCCAAGAACUUGAGUGUGGCUGCUGACAAAUGGAGCUUUGGAACCACACUCUGGGAAAUCUGCUACAAUGGCGAGAUCCCCCUGAAAGACAAGACACUCAUUGAGAAAGAGAGAUUCUAUGAAAGCCGCUGCAGACCGGUGACACCAUCUUGUAAAGAAUUGGCUGACCUUAUGACCCGCUGCAUGAACUAUGAUCCCAAUCAGAGACCCUUUUUUCGAGCCAUCAUGAGAGAUAUCAACAAGCUGGAGGAGCAGAAUCCAGACAUUGUUUCAGAAAAGAAGCCAGCCACCGAAGUGGAUCCCACACAUUUUGAAAAGCGCUUCUUGAAGAAGAUCCGUGAUUUGGGAGAGGGCCACUUCGGGAAGGUUGAGCUCUGCAGGUAUGACCCUGAGGGCGACAAUACAGGGGAGCAGGUGGCUGUGAAAUCCCUGAAACCUGAAAGCGGAGGUAACCACAUAGCGGAUCUGAAGAAGGAAAUCGAAAUCUUAAGGAACCUGUAUCAUGAGAACAUUGUGAAGUACAAAGGCAUCUGCACAGAAGACGGAGGAAAUGGUAUUAAACUCAUCAUGGAAUUUCUGCCUUCUGGAAGCCUUAAGGAGUAUCUUCCAAAAAAUAAGAACAAAAUCAACCUCAAACAGCAGUUAAAAUAUGCUGUUCAGAUUUGUAAGGGUAUGGACUACUUGGGUUCUCGGCAGUAUGUUCACCGGGAUUUAGCAGCAAGAAAUGUCCUUGUUGAGAGUGAACACCAAGUGAAAAUUGGAGAUUUUGGCUUAACCAAAGCAAUUGAAACUGAUAAGGAAUACUACACGGUCAAAGAUGAUCGGGAUAGCCCUGUGUUUUGGUAUGCUCCAGAAUGUUUAAUUCAGUGUAAAUUUUAUAUUGCCUCGGACGUUUGGUCUUUUGGAGUUACUCUGCAUGAGCUGCUUACGUAUUGUGAUUCAGAUUCCAGUCCCAUGGCAUUGUUCCUGAAAAUGAUAGGUCCAACUCAUGGCCAAAUGACUGUAACAAGACUUGUGAACACAUUAAAAGAUGGAAAACGUUUGCCUUGUCCACCUAACUGUCCAGAUGAGAUUUACCAACUUAUGAGAAAAUGCUGGGAUCUCCAACCAGCAAAUCGGACAACUUUUCAGAACCUUAUUGAAGGAUUUGAAGCACUUUUAAAACAACUACCAUGAGUGACAUGUAAAUUCCAGUGCAUAUCAAGUUAUCCUCUCCCAAAAACUUAAGUUUGUAUUAUGUGUGAAAAAGGUACCUGGGUCAUAUCCAUGUGUAAGUACAACUAUUCAAUUUGGCACCAGUAGCACUCCAUUUACUAUCACAAUUGCUUAAGAUUUUUCAAAACAAAGUAACUGACCAGAAAUUUGAAGAGGAUUGCUUUUCUGUAGCUGCCAUGGUAUAGUGUUCUAUACAAAGAUGAGUCUAUUCUUGUCAGCGGUAGGACUUAAACUUUUGAUUGUUUCCCCAGGGACAGCAGUGGAAUACAUUCUUUGCUGCAUGAUGUUAAUUUUUGAAAACUGUUGCAGUGCUUUUCUAAGCAGCAUACCAUUAAUCAAAAUUGAUUCUGAGAACCUGAAUGCUUUAUGUGCUUUUAAGAAAUAUCAAUGUGUAUGUUUUUAUAACUACCGAAACAGUCAAAAUACACUGUUCCUAAAGAGUUUCAGUACUUACCAUCCUUCUAUGGUGCAAGAUUUGAAACACCCAGCUACAUGCACUAUGGAGUUCAGGAUCCACUAGUUUUCACUUUCUUGGAGGUAGCUGGGUAACUGCAAUAUCUAUAUAACCAACUUUGUUUCAUAACUGUAUCACCAAUGUCUGUCUGUUUCAAACCUGUGGCAACUCUUUAUGCACUUUGUUUACUCUUUAUACAAAUAAUAAAUGUACUAGACACUUCA